AGGGACGUCCUGUGGGACUUGAAAGUCAUCCCCAUUGGUACCCUCUGUCCCCAUCUGGGACCCAGAUGCCUCGGCUGUACGGCCGGCUCCCGCUAUGCCCGCCCCGGGCCACAGAAACAGCCCGCUCGUUGCCAGGCACCGCUCUUGCAGAAGCUCAGAGUCCCUAGCGUCGCCUCAGACACACACAGGCUCCUCCCCGCGCGCGCCCAGCGGGUUUGGGCAGCUUGCCCACAGGAAGAGGCGGGGCUGGGCGGUCCGCCGCGCUGAUUGGCCAGAGUGCGCCUGACGCAGGAUCCCGCUAUAAGUGCGGCCCGCUCUCCCCCAGCGCCAGACGUUCUCGCCCAGAGUCGCCGCGGUUUCCUGCUUCAACAGUGCUUGAACGGAACCCGGUGCUCGACCCCCUCCGACCCCCGCCGGCCUCUUCGAGCCUCAGCCCAUUGCAACUUCGUCGUUCCGCCGCUCCAGCGUCGCCACUGCGCCUCGCCCCGCCGCCACCAUGACCACCGCGUCUCCCUCGCAAGUGCGCCAGAACUACCACCAGGACUCGGAGGCUGCCAUCAACCGCCAGAUCAACCUGGAGUUGUAUGCCUCCUACGUCUAUCUGUCUAUGUCUUGUUAUUUUGACCGAGAUGAUGUGGCUCUGAAGAACUUUGCCAAAUACUUUCUCCACCAAUCUCAUGAGGAGAGGGAGCAUGCUGAGAAGCUGAUGAAGCUGCAGAACCAGCGAGGUGGCCGAAUCUUCCUGCAGGAUAUAAAGAAACCAGACCGUGAUGACUGGGAGAGUGGGCUGAACGCAAUGGAGUGUGCACUGCACUUGGAAAAGAGUGUGAAUCAGUCACUACUGGAACUACACAAACUGGCUACUGACAAGAAUGAUCCCCACUUGUGUGACUUCAUUGAGACUCAUUACCUGAAUGAACAGGUGAAAUCCAUUAAAGAACUGGGUGACUACGUGACCAACCUACGCAAGAUGGGGGCCCCUGAAUCUGGCAUGGCAGAAUAUCUCUUUGACAAGCACACCCUGGGACACAGUGAUGAGAGCUAAGCUGACUUCCCCAAAGCCACGUGACUUUACUGGUCACUGAGGCAGUGCAUGCAUGUCAGGCUGCCUUUAUCUUUUCUAUAAGUUGCACCAAAACAUCUGCUUAAGUUCUUUUAAUUUGUACCAUUUCUUCAAAUAAAGAAUUUUGGUACCCAG